AUGUGGCUGCUUCUCUUGUCGCUGGUAACACUAAGUAUACAGCAGCGAUGGGACGCAUCUCAGUACCCGAAUCCACGCAAAGGCGGUUUCAAACAGUGCAAUAUGAGGUCAGCAAGCAGUGUAUGCGAUCCGGACGAGGUUCUGAGCAUUGAAUCGCGAUAUCGCCUUAAUAACGAGCUUCAACGAAUCGGCGUCAGAACUGAGAAAGCCGGCACCGCUUUCUGUGAUCGGAAGGGAUCCGAUGCCGUGCUGGCAAUAGUUCGAGCAGGUGAAGAUUUGUUACGGAAGAAAUACCCGUCUCGCUUCUUCCAUGGAUCGCAACAGCUUGUAAACGACCUCGGUCGAUUGUGGCAUCUGGAUGAUCAAUGCAAGAAAGGCGUCGUAUUCCUUCUGAGCUCCGAUGAUCGACAUUUGUACUUUUCCGCACAGCCUAACGCCGGCUUCAAUGCUGACGAGCUGCAAUCAAUCAUCGACACAAAUGCCAUGCAACUUCAAACAGGAAAUUUCGUUGGAGCGCUUGGCAACAUUUUCAAGGAGGUCGGCAGGCGGGCGGGUAUCGGGGAUGUGACAACGCCGACUGGGCCCCACUUCAAUGCUGGUGUUUCGACAUUAUGCUUAUGUCUAUUUCUAUUAUUUCUUGCUUUAUGCCGCUUAAGAGGUCAUCUAUAUCCUUGCCACUUUGUUAUAUUUGGUGUUAUUGCUCAAGAAAACAUCCUGAGUGUGCGAAAAAUCAUCGUCCACAUUGUUUGCCUGCUUCAGCUUCUUCAUGCUCUUAUUGUGUAUUCUAUGAAAUUUAGUGUAACUGUCAGUUAA